AUGUACCCCACACAGCAGCCUGCCCUGUGGAAUGGUCCGCUCUUCGCUGUACAACGAGUGCGCCAAACCGACACUGAUGAACUACCGCAACCACGAUCUAUCUGCACGUUCCCUCGGACCGACUCGAGCACAUCCUCCAGCGGCUCCACAGAACGAUGA